AUGUCUUGGUUAGGAAAAAAGUUUCCCGCGCCUGUCGCUAAGCCAAUGGCUCCUUUCUACGUUGCCGGGAUUGUCAUCUUAUACGGCGUCAACUCCUUCGCGACCUUGAUGAUGAACAGCGACGAGUUCAAGAACGACCCAAGAAACCCAAAUGCCAAGACGCCGAAGCCUGCGGACAAGCACUAG